GAGGUUUCUUCAAAAGAGUGUCCUGCACCACAUGGUUUACCUGUUUCAAAAGCAAGGCAGCUCAUUUCAUUCUUCACCAUGUCACAAAAUCCGAACAUGACCGAUUUAAAAAUAAGCAAUCCAGUGGCUUUUCCUCCACUGUGGGUGCGGUGUGAUCGGACAGACCCCCAACAAACUAUCUGGCUAGGAGCUGAGCCUCUCUCCACUGGAAAUAACCUUACUGGGAUCACUCUUCAUACAGUUACCAGCAGUGGUCCAUUGUCAAAUAAAAAUUGUUAUACAAAUUUGGAAGAAUUAAAAGAGAACCACAGAAGAAGACAUCGCUGUUUUGGGCUGACUACGAAGGUCUUUGCCUCUUACAAGUUCCUUGAAGCCACCCUGUUGGACUCCCUCUCCCUGGAGGACACCUUCGCUCCACCAGAGAGAAAUAUAUAUGCUGACUUUUCUUGGAACACAGUGACGGAGACUCUACAGAUACCUCCACCCACUUGCAGUGCUACGCUGAAGUUUCAGAUGGCUUGUGGAGGCCCUUUGAGUUCUGUGUAUGAGGUCAGCAAAGAACUGCAGUUCCUUCUUGGCUUGGCCAAGGGCUUGAAGACUGGCACGACAGAGUGGAAUAAGCCUUCAGGAGGAAAGCCAGCUAUUGAACUGGUCCAGAACCUUUUGAAAGGUCUAAAGGAUGGAACAGAUGGAUUGAAUACACCAGACAAUUAUGAGAUUGAGAACAACACUGCUACAGUUUAUGGUUCCAUGAAAACAGUUUUUAGUAGCAGAGAAGAUCUGGAUUUUGUUGAGCAGCUGUGGUGCAAGCUAUGGAAAAGUGUCACAUCCUGUGAGGAAUUGGUGAAGUGUUUCAGGUUGAUAAUGAAAUCCUUCCAAUGUGGUGAAUUGCAGGCAUGGGUUCAUAAAGAAAGUAAUAGCUUACUGAGCAAACUGAUUAAACAGUCUCACCAUGGAAGCAUGGAGACGGUUUCUCUUAGUGGUGAGGCUCCAGUUCAAAUGCUUCUAGAGAUUGGUGUGGAUAAAAUGAAAAGAGAUUAUCUCAGCUAUUUUAUAGGCAAGGAACUUGCCGUGCAUUCUCAUCUGGAUUAUUUCAUCUCCACUUCAGUAGAUCUGCAGGAGCAAGUUCAUCGUAUUCAGAAACUCCAUCACGUGCUGGAAAUAGUGGACAACUGUGUGGAUCUUCUUAAACUUGAUCAUUUGAACCUCGUCUUCUUGACACAGUCCUGUAUAAAGUACUACAAGGAAAAUCCUCUGAGUGAAAAGCACAUGUUUGAGCUACCAGUGAAGCAGUCUUGUGUAAAGAACUUAUGCCAAAAUGCUUAUCCCCAAAUAUGGAGAGUAGAAAUCAGCAGUGGACAAGGACAGAAAGAAGUGAAAACCACCUGGCAAUUUAGCACCACCUCUCCAGCAGAACACAUGAACUCAAGCAGCAUAGGUCUCCUGGACAGCACAGAACUAAGCGACGACCCAAAGGGGAUGUCCUUUAUCACCCUGGCCGAGUGCAGCCAGGUGCAUUUCAUAGAAGAAAAAGGCUCCACUUAA